AUGGACAAGCCCGUUCAAUUGGCCAAAGUCACGAAAGUGCUCGGAAGAACCGGAUCGCAAGGACAAUGUACACAGGUCCGCGUCGAAUUCAUCGGCGACAACACAAACCGAUCGAUCAUCCGAAACGUGAAAGGACCCGUGCGUGAAGGUGACAUUCUCACACUCCUCGAGGCUGAACGUGAAGCUCGCCGACUUCGU